AUGCCUGGUUUCGCCGACUCGUUCUGGUCGGCCGACUAUGCGGCAGGGCUCGGUGUUCUGUUUGGAAAGCUUCAACAAGGAGUACAAGAGAACCGACAGGUCCUGACCAUUGCCCGCUUGCGCGCCGAGGCAGAGGAGGUUUAUGGCCAAAAGCUAAGCGACAUUGCACCUGCUGCCGACAAGAUCGCCGGUGGCUUCUCUCGCGACGAUGGCGCCAGCACCAGAAAGGCCUACGAUGGCGUACGAGGUGAGAUGGAGGACGCCGCAAAGAACCACCUGAAGAUCGCCCAGAGUAUCCGGGAUUUGGUGGUGAACCCUUUCUCCAGGUGGUGUGAUGCGCAUGAGUCGCGCCUCCAGGAGUCGCAAGACGAACUUCAAGUCCGCAUCAAAGCCCAUGAUCGCCAGGCCGAGCUGGUCAAGAAGCUGCGCAGCAACUACUUCAACAAGUGUCGUCUCGUCGAGGAUCUCGAGGAAGAGAACAAGAUGGCCUUCCAAACCGCCGAAACGAGCCCAAAACAGCCAAGCAAUGUGCCUGAGAUUAAGAUUUCAGAAAACAAGGAAGAGGAAGAUGACGAAAUUUACGAGAUCGGAGACGAAACAUACCAGACCGAGCAGGUCAAGAAGAUUCUCGAACAUAUGAUCAACACCAUUAAGAUGGGCGAGACAAAGGUUCCUAUUCUUGGAACCUAUCUUAACACAUCCAGCGGAUCGGACAUUGUCGAAUACCUGCAGAGAUACAUGAACACUACAAGCAUGAGCUAUGCCGAGAGGAUUGGACAAGAUCUUAUCACCAACGGCUUUCUGCGCCUGGUUGGAAACGUUGGCAACACUUUUGCCAACAGCUCCAAGCUCUUCUACCAAUGGAAGCCCAGUGCUUUCAAAUUGGCCGGAGUCCCGGAAAAGAAGGCGGCACCCAUUUCCAGAACUUUCUCCAUGCCUACUUCUGAAGGUAGCACCGACUCUCCCGUGAUCGGCACCGUCAGUGAAUAUCUUCAAGGCUGGGGCCUCAACAACCAAUACCCGAACGAGACCCCGCCGGAUCGUCUUCGCCGCGAAGCCAGAGAAUCGGACGAGAAGUACAAGGCUGGUGUUCAAAAGCUGGACGAGAUGCGCUGUGAGCUGGAGGAGGCCAUUCUUCUCCACCUCAAGUUCCUGGAGCGCUGCGAGCUGGACAGAUUGAAGGCAGUCAAGACUGUGGUCCUCGACUUUUCGGGAACCAUUGGCAAUGUCAUCCCCAGUCUGCAGGCAACCGUCGACCGGAUGGUCCUGUAUCAAGAAACGGUUCAGCCAAUGGGCGACCUCCGUUAUCUAUUGGAAAACUACCGGACCGGCAGUUUUGCACCAAAAGUUGUAACAUAUGAGAACUAUUACAACAAGGUCGAUGAGCAGACGUUUGGCGUGGAUCUCGAGGCCCGUGCUAGAGCCGACAGGAAGCGUGUACCCAUCAUUAUCACAACUCUGCUCACAUAUCUGGACAGCCACUAUCCCGAUCUCGAGGGUGAUGCAGCCAGACGCGACGUAUGGCUUGUGGAGGUGCCUUUGGCACAAGUCCACAAGCUGCGGGCCAAGAUCAACAACGGUAAAGCUUUCACAGCUGAGACUUUGACGGAUGCCGAGGUUCCCACAGUCGCCAGUCUUCUAAAGCUUUACCUGCUCGAGCUUCCUGAUUCCCUUGUUUCUUCCCAUGUCUAUGAAAUCAUCCGCACAAUCUACAACACACCAGCAACUGAUGGCUCUGAAGAUGCGCGGAUCGGUGUUCUUCAGCAGACCCUCUCACAGCUCCGCCUUACCAACAUUGCCACCCUCGAUGCCUGCAUGAAUCAUUUUACCCGCCUGAUUGAUCUUACUUCUGCGGACGAGCAGUACGUUGCUGCUCUUGCUACAUCUUUGGCUCCCUGCAUUCUGCGGCCCCGCACCGAGACUUCCUUGACAAUGGAGGAGAAGCAUGCCUACCGAUUGAUUCGCGAUCUGUUCCAGCACAAGGACGCCAUCUUUUCUGAACUGAAGCGCAUGUCCACGCUGAACCACUCCAGCUCCGUUUCGGCACCUAGGCCGCGGGCGAUUAGCACCGACGAGAGUAACAGGCGCGCCCAUAUGGAGGAGCGCCAGCGAGCUCUUCUCGAGAAGGCUGGUGGCAGGAGUCGUGCUACUAGUCCCGCACCGAGUCCACGCCACCGCCGUGAUCGCAGUGUAGGAGGUCCCGAAACUCGAUUCCCCAUCCAGACCUCGCCGACAUCUACCACUGACCGUCACCGCGCGAGCAUGGCCAGCUUUCCCGGUGGUAUUGUGAAGCGGUCUAGUCUUGAGGUGCCCGACAACACCGGAACCGCACCAGCGCCCGCUAGCGAGAUCAACGGUGCCAAUGGCGAGGCUGCGACCGACGAGGGCUCUGUCAUUGAAAAGAGGAAUAGUCUGGGCCGCAGUAGCGCUAGAUUCGAACGUGGAAGACGUGUUACUGUUUCGAGGGACUCGGCUCCACCGGCAGCGAUUGGCGAGGAGGAAAACGCGGCGCCUGAAAGUGCUGCAGCACCAGAUUCUCCGUCGGCUGUUCACUCCGUAACCCUUGUCGAUAAGCCCAUGGAGGACUAG